AUGAAACGAAGAUACAGUAAGCUGGGUGUAGUCAGCGUAGCCUGUGACGUCACUGCCCCCAUUGAGAUCGAGGUAGCUGUCACCUCCGACCCAGUUCUGGUUUAUCAGUCCUGACUUGAGACUGCAGUGCUGCUGGAGCAUGGUGAUGGUCAUAGCCAGGACUGAUGCAUCCUGUGUGUGUAUUGUGGUGUAUGAAUUGUUUCCAUGUGUAACGAUCUUAGCAUGAUGUGAUUGUGUAUCCGCAUUGCUGUGUUUACAUCGUGUUGUGUUUUUUCAGGCUCUGGGUCCUGAGUUUAUCAGGAUGGCUGACGAACCCUGUGUAGUUCUGGAGCUGCCCGGAUCCAUAGUGGUAAAAACAUGAACUUUUAUUUCUAGACGUUUUCUGGAAGAUUUAUGUUUUGGGAUUUUGAGUGUAUGUUUUGUUGACUAAAGAUUGAUUAUCCUCUCUCUAUCUCUCUCUCCCCCUCUCUGCCGCUCUCCCCCUCCACCUCAUCCCUCUUCUUCCCCCCAGUCUAAAAAGGGCAGGUCUUGUUCGUCCCAGAGAGAGGUCAGUGUGGUGUUGCCCAGUGGUCAGUCUGUAUUGGUCAAGAGUGACAUAAAGUCCAGAGGGAGGGACGUGUUCGACAUGGUGGUGGCUCACGCUAACCUGGUAGAGCACUUUUACUUCGGACUGGCCUUCAUCGAUGGUAAGAAACUGACAACAACCCAUCUUAUGUGUCUCAUAAACAUAUACUGUAGUUGAUUUAUUGAUUUAUAGUCAUGCUACAUAUACUAUGUCAUAUCUUUUCUUUCUUUUAGAUGAUGAAUAUUUUUUCCUGGACCACGAGAUUAAAAUCUCCAAAAUUGCUCCUGACAGUUGGAAAAAAGUACUGUCGACUUCUUUUCUUGUUUUUCUUCGGGUCAGAUUUUCCGUUGACGACAUCUCUUUCAUAUUGUGAGUCUGAUCAUUAUUUUAUAUCUUUCAUUUUACUGAAAAGUAUCUGGAGUUUUGGUAUCAUGAACUGUUAGUGAAAUGCAGUUAUUAGCUGUGUCUUUAAAGAACUGUACAUUGGGUGUUCCAGACACAGGCUGACGCGUCACCAGUACUACUUGCAGCUGCAGCAGGAUAUCCUAGAGGACCCGUUGUACUGCAACGAGGAGACGGGCAUGUUCCUGGCGGCUCUUGCUCUACAGGCAGAGUUUGGGGACUACAUGUCUGAGAUAAACGGAAUGAAUCACUGUCUCAGAAACACAAUUUUCCUUCAGCGUUUUUUCCCCAAAAUAUUUUCUUUAAUGAUCUACAUAAUAGAUUAGGUUCUCCAUAAAAUCCUGAGAGAUUGUAUGGCUCAUAAUCAUUCUUCCAGCCAAAGCAGUAUGUUUAUGAGGAAGUAGUAUAUAUCAUUGAUAGACCUGUUAUAUCUGUCCAGUACUACAUUAAUGGCAGUAUAUCUUAUUGACAGACCUGGAUCGUGUUCAGUAUAGCACACCGUACCAAAACAUUUUGAAACAGAAACUAAAAUUAAGUCAAGGUAGUCCCUCCCUGUUUCAGUUAGUUUUCUUCAGUUUGGUACCUAUUGAAUGCAAUCCUGUUAUAUCUGUAUGGUAAAGACUACUACUUUAGUGGCAGUAUAUGUCAUUGACAGGCCUGUUUCUCUGUUCAGUUGUAUGGUAGGAACUACUACCAGCCGGAGCAGUAUGUGUCUAAGAGAACGCUGGAGAAGAUGUCUCUGCCCACUCUAAAGGAGGAGUUGCCACAGUUCCACGCUAACAACGCCCAGAUGCUGCCCAAGCAGGCCAAGACCGAGUACCUAAAAGUAGGCAAUUGAACAGUGGUUGAACAGUGGUCGAAUGUAUUAUUAUUUGCAGAAACAGAAGCUUUGGAAAUGAACACCCAGUUCAGAUAUAUAAGAUGAGACAAGACGGUUUUAUGCAGUUUUAAAACGUAGUUUGCUUGAUCUGAAUGGUCUAGUUUUAGAACGGCUCAUGUCUGCUGCUGGAGUCAACAUGUCAAAUCUUUAGCUAAAGUCUUGCAAAAUGGAUCUAUUUUGGUUCCCAGGACCCUUUUUACAUGUCUACACAAGAAGAUUUUGAGUUGAGCAUGUUCUCCUCCUUUACUGAGAUCAACCUUGCGACAUACUUGUUCUAUCUACUCUCUAGAUCGCUCAGCAGCUUCCAGAGUAGGGAUGGUGUUCCAUCGGGUAGGCCGGGAGAAGAAGCCCAUGGUGGGGAGCAUGCACGCACACGCACACACACACACAGAAACACACACAGUUGAUUAUUCAUUUUGAUUAUUUGUUGUCCUUUCAGAUGAGAACAUUGAGAAGGACCAGUCUAUCUGUCGGACGUGUGACUCCCAUAAGAAGCCUCGUUCAUGUUCCGAGGUCGUCCUGAACAGUGUAGAGAUACCGCCCAACCUCGGCCAACGUGAGUCGCUAAGUAAGUCGUGUGAUGAAAUAACAGCGAAGGUGGUGGAGAGAGAGUUGAGGGAAAUCAACAGAGAUCUACCCGAGCAAUGCCCACUGUCAGAGAUGAAGGAACAGGCCUGG